AUGGCGUCGACGGCUCUUCGGAUACCUGUCCUACGCGUUGGAAGUCGGCCUUGCUCGUGCCCACAUCGGGUGCUUGGACAGCAGCCGACGCUCGGGACGUGCCGGAGCAGCCUGGCGGUCCAGCACCACCCCUUUCACCACCGGGCAGCGAUCCCCCAGCUCGCUCGUUCGACCCCGACCCGCGUUGUAGGGUUUGCCAAGAAUCCGAGCGCUUCAGCCUCUAUUCGACGGCACCUCUCGGCAUUCCCUCCCACCAAACCGGCGCACGUCCAGGGCCCGACCGCGGCCUACGACCACGAAGUCUCGACGGGCUUGAUCCAAGAUGACCCGCACCAACGCUCGAUCGUCGCGCUCCUGCAGGACAUGUACGACCGACUCGAGGCGUACAGCCCACCGACGAUCCCACCUCUGCCGCCACCACGCAAGCCGUCGCUGUUGACGCGCAUCUCGCGCUCGAGGUUCUUUGCGACGAUGGAGGACGAGCUGCACCAGGCCAACACGGCGACGAUCCCUCUGCCGCCCGCCCCACCCCGCUUGCCGAAAGGCCUGUACCUCUUUGGCUCGGUCGGGUGCGGUAAGUCGUUUCUGAUGGACCUGUUUUACGCGCACCUGCCGCCCAAGUUCGAACACUCGAAACGUAGGGUUCAUUUCCACGCCUUUAUGGUCGACGUCCAUCGUCGCGGGCACCAGAUCAAGCAGGAGAAGGGCGAGACGCAGGAUUGGAUCCAUCUCGCAGCUCGCGACAUUGCCAAGGAGACGACCGUGCUUUGUUUCGACGAGUUCCAGGUGCGCGCGAGUCUAUCUCGAAAGCCGACCUCUUUUAGGAGAAUCAGCGACUGACGUUUUCUUUCGUUCCAAUCGGGCUCCGACAGGUCACAGAUAUUGGCGACGCCAUGAUCCUGCGGCGGCUGAUGGAGUCGCUGAAUGCGUAUGGUGUGGUCACAGUCAUGACCUCCAAGUGCGUUUCGGUAGGAGACUAUGCGAGGGAACAGAGCGUUAGCACGCGGGAGCGGUCGAACUGACGCUGGCGGUGCUCUCUCCCCUCUGUGCCCAGUCGAACCCCCGACGACCUGUACAAGAAUGGGAUUCAACGCGAGCAGUUCAUACCUUGCAUCGAACUGAUCAAAUCCUCCUUUGUCGUCAAGUGUCUCGACUCGGAGAUUGGUAAGUCGUCGUCAUCCUCCAGCCCUCGUAAUCGUGAUCCUUGCUCGCUGACUCAUGCGCUCCUGACCCUGGUCGACGACAGACUACCGCAAAGUGCCUCGCGCCCUGUCCAAAGUCUACUUUACGCCAAUUGACGACGCCCAUCGCCUCGAGAUCAACAAGCUGUUCGACAGUCUGACCUCGAACGAGCCCGUGACCGAGGACCGCAAGCUGACGGUCUGGGGUCGACCGAUCAUCGUACCCAAAUCGACGUCAUCGGUCGCCAAGUUUGGCUUUAACGACCUGUGCGGCCAGGCCUUAUCGGCAUCCGACUAUCUGGAGAUCACCAAGACGUUUCAGACGAUCUUUUUGACCGACGUACCCCAGUUGGGGUUGGACACCAAGGACCAGGCGCGCCGAUUUAUCUUAUUCAUCGACGCGGCCUACGAAGCCAAGGUGGGCAUCUCGGUCUUGCCCUUCCUCCGCAGUUCCGGAUGCAGGAUGCGAUGUGCUAAAACACGUCCUUUCUGUUCGGUUAUUUGAUGCAGACCAAAUUGUUUAUUCUGUCCGAAGUGCCGAUCGCGACGGUCUUUUCGGAUCAAAAGGGAAAGCGCGCCACCGACGAAAUCUCGGACCACCAGCGCGCGCUCAUGGACGAGCAGGGCUUGUCGGCCGAUGUCGUCGGCGCGAGUUCGAUUUUCACGGGCGACGAGGAGAUAUUUGCUUUCGCGCGGGCUGUGGUGAGUUUGAAAGAAGAGUACCGUCAAAGCUUGGUCUCGCCCGGCGAUCGACAGCUGACGCGACGCAAUACCCCGUUGCCUACUCGCGCAGAGCCGAAUUGCGGAAAUGGGGGGUGUACAGUGGGCUCGCAUCAGCAAGAUCUCGAAGUGA